GCCUGCGUGCCUCCACAUGUGUAUCCAUCCCACCUCAGCCUGGUUUACGGAGCAUGAAAUCCUCAUCUCCCACUUAUCUCUGAUCUGAUCUCAGCCCAACUUGUGGGUCUCGUGGCCAACGCUCAAUCCUCUGCGUUGGCGCGACUGGCUGCCAGGCUGCUGGAGGGAUAUUGAGUCGGUCACCUCUGAGAAGUCCCGGUCGAGCCAGAUAAACGACCUCGGGCACCCGCCUGCACGCUUAUUUGGCAGGUCUCACGUAUAAGCCAACCCCUGCACGGUUUGAACGUCGAUCAUCUGGAAAGAGAGUAGAGUCAAUGCUUGGCUUCCAACCCUGUCUCAAAUGUUUCUCAUGCAGCUCGUCUGGUCCAUUCGGCACCCCAGCCGCUCCCACACGCGCAGUGCUUGUCUGUCCGCCCGUCUGUGUGUGUGAGUGGCUGGCCCGCCUCAUCUGAGGUGCUCCUUGUCAUAUCAAGCACACGCAUGUCUUGUUGCUAGUAGAACCCCACCGAGAACCAUCCCUUCUCCUGUCAUAUACUCACGGUCCCAAAGAAGACGAGCCCCGCAGGCCCCGACCCAGAGGUUCCAGUCUCAGCCAUAUUGCGCCGCCGCCCAGAUUGGCGAGUAGCAGGCGAGAAGGGACCAUGGCACCAAUGUGUACCAAUGGAUAGGACAAGGCCCCCCGGUCACCCUCCCCUCCUCGGCGCCCGUGCUGUGGUGCGGCUCCCCGGCAGAUCUGCGCCAAACUUUCCUCCCUUGUCGACUUUUGACGCCCCCGUCGCUUGUCGCCUGUGAGCCCGACUCCCCCUUCCCACCAUGUCUGCAUGUCUGCAUGUCCACUUCAAGGUGACUCGCACAUGCAUGCAGGCAGGCGGGCAGGCUCCCAGGCUCCAAGCUCCAUAUGCAGGGCCAGCCGUGCCCAUAUUUAACACCACAUUCCCGUCUGAGGCAUAUGGCCAAGUUCUCCCAAGGUCGAGACUCUCGCUAUCAUCGUUGACCGACUUUGGACCCGCGUGGCUGGUACCAUCUGAUCUCUCAUCCCUCUCUCCCUUCCCUCCGCCGUCUCUCCUUCACACGGCGUUUGCCUUGAUUGGCACAUAUUCAUCUCAUCCAUUGUCCUUCUUUUUUUAUCCGGUGUGCUUUUCACCAGCCCCUCCUUGUUCAAGGCACAGAGAGCCUUUGUUGCAGGCCCAACAAUAGCUUUAUUCUCGACAACCCUUCUGUCAUUUCUACCAUUGUGCCAUUGUCACAGACACAUACUUGAGAGAUCAUACCUGUCUACAGACGAGGCUGUCUUGACCCAAGACUCAAGUGUUUCCUCCUCGAUCCUCCUCAACUCAGAUACAGCCUUGGUCCAAUUCAUCUUGUCAAACUUGCCUCUCCCUCACUGUCGACUUUUCGCAGCGGGCAAGCAAGGGAAAAACAAACAGAGCCAGCCUCCUUCCUCGACAAUUUUCAACGCGUCUCACCUUCAACUUCUCACAAAUCUUUUGACAAGAUGCAUUCAGUCACCGCUACUACUUUCGCCCUGCUUGCCGGCGUUCAGCUGGUGGCAGGAGCAGCUUACAGCCUGACUGACGACUACAACCAAGCCAACUUCUUCGACGGGUUCGAGUUCUUCUCUGAGGCAGACCCUACGAAAGGCUUUGUUCAGUACCAGAACAGGGUCAAUGCUGCCUCCCAGGGACUGGCCGGCUUCCACAAGGAUAUGAUCUACGUGGGUAGCGAUCACAAGACCGCCAACCCCGCCAAUGGCCGCGCCAGCACGCGUAUCAACAGCAAGAAGUCAUACACCCAGAUGCUUCUUGUUGCUGAUGUCGUCCACAUGCCAGUGGGAUGUGGAACUUGGCCCGCUCUGUGGACAUACAACGAGGCCUGGCCACACAAUGGCGAGAUCGACAUCAUUGAGGGCGCCAACAGCCAGAAGUCCAACCAGGUGACCCUUCACACCGGCCCUACCUGCUCCAUGACCCAGGGUGAGACUGUCGACGGCACACUUCUCCAAAAUGAGAACUGCAAUGACGGCUCAGGCGGGCUCGGCUGCCCCCAGACCACCAACAGCACAAACAACUUCGGCAAAGGCCUGAACGCGAAUGGUGGCGGUGUCUACGCCAUGGAGUGGAACAGCGACGCCAUCUCGGUGUGGUUCUUCCCCAGGAACAGCACGAUGCAGAACAGGAUCACGUCGUCUAACAACACGCUUGACUCUUCUACAUUCGGCACCCCGCUGGCCAGCUUCGUGGGGGGCAGCGGCUGCAACAUCGACAACAACUUCAAGGAGCACUGGAUCACCAUCAACACAGACUUCUGUGGCCAGUGGGCCGGCGCCAACUGGUCCGAGGAUGCCGAGUGCUCCGCAAAAGCACCCACCUGCGAGGAAUACGCCGCCAAGGACCCCAGUGCCUUUGUGGACGCCUACUGGCUCUUCAAAUCGAUCAAGGUUUACUCCAAGACUUCUGGUGCUGGCGCUACCACGAGCACGCCCGUUAAGAGGGGCAUGCGCUUCAUGCCGCGCGACCACCAGGUCUAAGACGGCCGCCGGCCGAGAGCCGCGCAUGCUUCUCCUUUGCGUCGUUUGCCUGGUGUGAAUGGACAUGGGAUGGGGGACAGGUGUUGGGGUUUCACUUCUAUAUUCUUCUUCUUCUUCUUCUUCCGGUUAUACAACCUUGGGCGAUAUGCCAUUCUGAUACCACACUUGUUUUGCACGGACGGCGUUUGAUCUGGCUCGAUCUUUUCCUGAGCUUUGGCAUCCUGGUCGGAUUUUCGGUGGCCACAGGAUCGAGGUAGACAGUGCGAUGGAUUACUCUGAAUAUGCCAAUCCAUAUGGAUUUCUGCCACACGGGGCAGCCCUUCA